UCAGAAACAGAAGAGCAGGCGUGUUCACAGAGACGCUGACUUCCUGUCCUCUGUUCAAACACAAACUGUGGUCACUGUGAGUUCAGACACUUCAGCCUGUCAGGAUGUGGGUGAACAUCUACUGCUGCCUGUUAGCCUGCACUCUGAGCUGUCAUGUCACACCAGGUUUAACCCGUGAAGUAGUUACAGAGGGGACGCAGGUCACUGUGCGCUGUCCUUACUAUCUGCAGGGUAAAGUGAGGUGGAGCAGAGAGAGUGGAGGAAGCAGAGCUGACAUACUUACUGUUGAUGGAGACAGAAACAUAAAACACAUCAAUGAUCCACAGAAACGAUACAGUUCACAGGCUGAUCGAUCGCUGAUCAUCCUCAGAGCUUCUGUCUCAGACUCUGGCAGAUACUUCUGUAAUAGUUACCCAGCUGAGGAGCUGACAGUGAUCCCAUCAGGAACAAUAAGACGCACUGUUGAAGAGAGAGACAGCGUCUCACUGAAAUGUCCUGGUGAUGUUGGAGGAUCAGCUGUUCCAACAUGGAGACGAGACACUGGAGAAAUAAAUUAUGGAAGAAAUCAUUUUUCCCAUAAAGACAAAACAUUAACAAUAAGAGAAGCUGAGCCUGCUGACUCUGGACUGUACUACUGUGAUGGAAAACCAGCUGUUUAUCUGAAUGUGACCAAAGCACAGAGAUCUGACAGAGGUAAGAAGACAACCACAACUACAACAACAACAACAACAACUUCUACAUCACGAAGACCCCCAACAACAACUACUACUACAAUGACAUCAAACAAACUGGUUUCCAGUUAG